AUGAGAAGUUCCGGAGCACCACUAUUACCAAUUAACCCAGAACCUCAACUAAUUGGAAGAAUGGCUGAAAAACCGGAAGCAAAAAAAAUUAGCUGCUUUAGCCAGGGCUCAGGAAGUCGGGAUACUGCAUCUACUAGUUUUUGCAAGAUGUCCAUGGAGGACAUGAUGAAAAAGCUAUUAAAGGGAGUCAAAGCUACUAACUCGGGGGUGACUAAUAUGGAAACGAUUACCACUUGGAGUGGUAAGCUGUUAUCUCGCCCUUCUAUGGGCAAAGCUGUGGAAAAGGAGGUAAGUGUUGAUCAAUCAGAAGGAAAAAAUCUAGUGGAGUCUGAGAAGGUGGAUGGCUUUGUUGACAUGUCAGAGAAAGAAGACAAUAAGAAAGAGGAAGUGGACUUGCUAACAAAGAAGAGAAAGGUAAGUAGUAAGCCAGUGGACAACAUCCAUCACUGUAGUGCAGUCUCUUCACAAUCCUUAGUGCAGAAAAAGCCUGAUCCUGGAGCAUUUACUAUACCGUGCACAGUGGGUUCCAUAAAGUUUACAGAAGCUUUAUGUGACUUAGGAGAAAGUAUUAAUCUGGUGCCUUUUGAGAUCUACAAGAAGCUGGGAUUGGGGGAUCCUACCCCCACAAUGAUUUACUUUGUGAUAUUAGAUUGUGAUGUUGAUUUUGAGGUACCAAUUAUUUUGGGUAUACCAUUAUUAUCCACUGGGAGAAUAUUGGUUAAUAUGGAGCUAAAUGAGCUCAAGUUCAGAUAUGGAAAAAAGGAGGCCAGAAUUAAAAUGCAACCUCCUACAAAGCAGUUAGAGGAGAUGAACAUCUUCUCGAUUGUGGAUGUAUUCCACGGUGGUGGUAAUAAAAUAGUGAUACGGCAUCUUGACAAAGUCUAA